UAAUUAAAAUUGAGUAGUGGUCAAGCAAGAAAAGAAAGGGAGUGUCAAGUUGAUACCUGUGUGUUUCUUGGACACAAGUAAUAUAGGUCACUAGCUCGAGUAGAGACAGAGCACAAGUGAAGAGAGAUUGAUAUUAUUCUUGUAUUUUGAUUUUUUGUUGCCCUUUUAGCAAUAUUGGCAGGCAAGUAAAUACUUUUGGUGAAAAUAGUUAUACACAGAAGAAAAUUUAGUGAAAUGGAGGUUAUUGAGGGCACUGAAAUGAGACCAACAUCAAAGUUCAAGAGGAUUUGUGUGUUUUGUGGAAGUAGUCAAGGGAAGAAGAGUAGCUAUCAAGAUGCUGCUAUUGAACUUGGCAAAGAAUUGGUGUCAAGGAACAUUGAUCUGGUCUAUGGAGGGGGUAGCAUAGGUUUGAUGGGUUUGGUUUCUCAAGCUGUUCAUGAUGGUGGUCGCCAUGUUAUUGGAGUUAUUCCCAAGACGCUCAUGCCUCGAGAGUUAACUGGUGAAACAGUGGGGGAAGUGAAGGCAGUAGCAGACAUGCAUCAACGAAAGGCAGAGAUGGCUAAGCAUUCAGAUGCUUUUAUUGCUUUACCAGGUGGUUAUGGGACUCUUGAAGAGUUACUUGAAGUGAUAACCUGGGCCCAACUUGGUAUUCAUGACAAACCGGUGGGAUUGUUGAAUGUUGAUGGAUACUACAAUUCUUUGCUCUCUUUUAUUGACAAAGCUGUGGAAGAGGGAUUUAUAAGCCCCAGUGCUCGCAACAUCUUUGCAUCUGCUCCAACAGCUAAGGAGUUGGUGAAGAAAUUGGAGGAAUACGUCCCCUGUCAUGAGAGGGUAGCUUCAAAAUUGAGCUGGGAAAUUGAUCAACUUGACUACUCUCAGAAUUAUGAUAUCUCAAGGUGACAAUGGAGAUGACUGCAUUAAAGUAUUAGACGGAAUUUGGAAGUGGAAGGAGCUAAUUUUGGAUGAUCAAUCUUGAACUUUCCAUUUUUUUUUUUCUUUUCUGUAAAUUAUUGCAAUUAACCUCGAUAUGUUAAGGUUCUCAACAUUCUCAUUUCAGUAAAAAUAUCUGGAUUUUCUGUUAACUUGUAAGUACUAGAGGCUUAUGAACAUUCCCAUUUUACAUGUUGACUAAUUUAUAUGUUAACCAUCUUUCACUUC